AUGGUGGACGUAAAGGUGAAGAUCAAAGAUGGCUGCAGGGGUGGACGUGAACAGUUUCAAUGGAGAUCCAUCAAGGAACAAGAGUUCAAGGACCGCGAAUCCUACCUCGGCCAGUCAACAAAGGUCGGUCAAAUGGGCAAGUUCGGCAAGUACUACUUGCACGACUGGUAUGCAAGGAAGCGAGACACUACGGCGAGCAUCGCUGAAGAGCGCGGGGCCGUGCAGGCUUACGAAGAGGAGCUGAUGCAGGAGGCCUUGGGCUUGAAGCCAAAGAAGCUUCUCCUCGCCAAGAAGCAGAUGAAUGAGGAGGAGCUCAAGGAGUUCCUCAAAUCCAAAAAGGAAGACACAGGUCGAGAGGCCAUGGGACCACAGAAGAAGGUCCUGCGAAAUGAGUUGGGGGAAGAGGUUGUGACCAGCAAUGAAGACAUGCUGGCGGAAGCCGUUCGCGAUGGAACUUUGAAGGGGUUGGGGUUUGCAUCUCAUCGUGAUGCCAAGCUGGAAAGAAUCAAAGCACAAACGCUUGGAACGGAAAGUGAGCUGAAGGGUCUGAAGGAGCUGCCCAAGGCUCCAGCAGCAACUCCACUGUUUCCCCCCUCAAGCGGCAGUACUUCGGUUACUAAGGAGGGCUCGAGUCAGCCCCAAGGUCACAGUAGCGAGACAAGGAGCGGCUACAACUCAUUUUUUUAG